CAGUGCCCUUCAACUCAAUUCGAAAUUUUCAAAAUUCUUCGUAGAAAAAUAUGCACAAGACCUGGAACAAGGCGUUCCACAAGCGCAAGCUGUGGAGGAGCGUGUCCAAGCCCGGGAAGCUGGUGUACUACAUGCAGCCGCUGGUCGAGCACCUGUUCGACACCUGGAUGCAACCACUGCCCUUUCCGACGCUCCUGAAGUUCAUCUACAGCUGGGUGCUGAUCUUCUUCAUCAUGAUUCCGAUGCUCUAUCCGCUGCUCGUCCUGCUCUCCUACUACGGCAUAUUCCAGUACGCGGCGGAGGAGCACUUCGGACUGGAGACGCCCGAGAAGUGGGACCUCCUGGGCGCUGCCGCCAGGCUGUGGCACUUCGAGGUGACCAACAGGAAGUAUCUCCUUCGACUAUAUGCGCAUGGCGCUGUGCUUCGUCUUCAGCUGAGCGAGCAGCCGGAGUCCUUCGAUCCCUACUUGCGAAUCCUGCCUGAGGAGGAGUUGGCUUAGUAACGGCCUUUGGAGUGGAUAAUUUUAGGACUUUGGGAGGAACUGCUUUACACGAAGAACUUAACCAAUUAAAAGUUGAGCCAUGUGUGAUCCGA